AUGAAUUUCACUUGCGGAUGUCUGUUUGACCGGUCCAUGAAGGAACCGCAUUUCAAGAAAUCCAAGCAUUUCCAAGACUUGGCAGCAAGCUUCGCCAUCAAUGCCAAAGGUGAACAACUUGGCGCACACUAUUCCUGGCUUGUUGAGAUCCACAAACCCAUGGGCGUGUCUGCGCCUUAUGUAGAAGCAACAUUAGAGAAUCCUCAAGAUCGAUCGCAACCACUUCAUGUGCCUGCAGUGCAGGUACAAAACAACGAUCCUACUCAACAGUUUGCCCAUCCUCGUUACUAUGUUUUGUCGCCUGCUCUUCCCAAAUUGGAUUGUGGGCUUUACAAAAUGAAGUUGACGGCGUAUACCGACAAAUCCAAAACCGUCAAAUUAGCCGAGCAUGAAAACGAGUUACUAUCGCGCGUCAACACCGAUACAUGCUACAAAACCGAAUUUAUGGAGCGAAUGAAUGCCGCAGCACGUUAUGCAGAAAAAGAAUGGGAAACUCGGCAAUAG